CGGAGUGGGGCGGGGCUGAGCUAGAGAUGGGGCGCCGAGGCGCUGGGAGCCGACCGUGAGCUCAUCUUUCGUAGGGAGAGCUGAGUUCUGGGGGCGCCAGAGCGGAGGCGGAGACGCAGACUUGAAGGCGGGCUGAGUGGGCGGAAGAGAGCCUUGGCUGAGACAUGGCCACCAGUCACCCAACAGGACACGUGCAACUGCCCCGAGCGGAUGCCAUUCGUUCACGUCUCAUUGAUACUUUCUCUCUCAUCGAGCAUCUGCAAGGCUUGAGCCAAGCUGUGCCACGACACACUAUCCGAGAGAUAGUUGAUCCUUCCCGUCAAAAGAAGGUUAUGUUGGGAGAUCAACACCAGCUGGUGCGAUUCUCCAUAAAGCCUCGACAUACAGAACAAAUUACACAUGGCCGGAGGCUGAUGAGCAGGCUUCGAGUGCGCUGCAGUCAGAGGCCACCUCUUUCCUUGUGGGCUGGAUGGGUCCUUGAGUGUCCUCUCUUCACAAACUUCAUCAUCUUUCUCAUCUUUUUGAAUACGAUUGUACUGAUGGUUGAAAUAGAAUUGCUUGAAUCCUCAAACGCCAAAUUGUGGUCACUCAAGCUGACUCUGGAGGUGGCAGCUUGGUUCAUCUUGCUUAUUUUCAUCUUGGAGAUCCUUCUUAUGUGGAUAUCCAGCUUUUUCCUCUUCUGGAAGAAUGCCUGGAAUGUCUUUGACUUUGUUGUCACCAUAUUGUCCCUGCUUCCGGAGGUUGUGGUGCUGGUGGGGGUAACAGGCCAGUCUGUGUGGCUCCAGUUGCUGAGGAUCUGCCGGGUGCUAAGGUCUCUCAAACUCUUUGCAAGAUUCCGUCAAAUUCGAGUCAUUAUUUUGGCCCUGGUGAGGGCUCUCAAGAGCAUGACCUUCCUCCUGAUGUUGCUGCUCAUCUUCUUCUACAUUUUUGCUGUGACUGGUGUCUACUUCUUUGAGGAUUACACCCGUUCUACUCGCCAGGACCUGGAGUACCCCAUGUUCUUCUCGGACCUGCUGAAUUCCCUCGUGACAGUAUUCAUCCUCUUCACCAUGGAUCAUUGGUAUGCACUGCUUCAGGAUAUCUGGAAGGUUCCUGAAGUUAGCCGUGCCUUCAGCAGCAUCUAUGUCAUCCUUUGGUUGUUACUUGGUUCCAUUAUCUUUCGAAACAUUAUAGUAGCCAUGAUGGUUACUAACUUCCAGAAUAUCAGGAAUGAGCUGAACGAGGAGAUCACACAUCUGGAGGUUCAGCAUAAAGCUGACAUAUUCAAGCGGCAGAUUAUCCAAAGGAGACAAAAUCUGUCCCCUGAGGUAAUGAGGUCAAGCAUAAGCAAAGUGGAUACCAGAGAUCCCAAUCAACGAAGGGAAUCUUUGGUCUUACCAGCAACUUUUGAAGAGUCUAAACACAGUGCUGAUGAAGAGGGUUCAAGAACAUCUGCACUGAAAAUAGAAGAGUCUUUGUCAAAAGCGAAAAAGUCCCCAUCUUCCUCCUCCUCCUCUUCUUCCUCCUCAUCUUCAUCUUCCUAUUAUUCCUCCUCUUCUGAAUCCAGAUAUCUAGACCCCAUCGGUCAGUUGGACUGGGAGACUCAUGUGCACCAGAAUCUGCCUGGACUAAUGGAAAUGGAUCAGGAUGACCGCGUUGUUUGGCCCAGAGAUUCACUCUUCCGAUAUUUUGAGUUGCUAGAAAAGCUUCAGUAUAACUUAGAGGAGCGUAAGCGGUUGCAGCAGUUUGCAGGUAUGGAUUUAGGGCAGUCAUGGGGACCAGGGGUUAAGUACAUUGGAGUAGCAUAAUGGAAUAGCAUAUAACUGGAGAGAAGGAGAAGGGUGUCCACUAUUUCAGCAUUUCAGCCUGUGAAUUUCCACCUCACGCUUAAAAAUGUGAUUCCUUGGUUUGGUAUGCCACAUUCUUAUGUCCUGAUUUUUUAUAAUCUAGAGAGAACCUGAAGCUUUGCUUCUCCAAUAGGGAAAACCUAAAUGCUUUGAGGUCUGAGAGUUUGUUUCCCAAUUGCAGUUGUUGGAUGUUAGGAUAAUGUGGGCUCUUGCUCCUUUUGUGCAGUCCACUCCCUUUUGGACCUGUUUCUGCUCUCUCAAGGGCAUAUUUUAGACCUAAGUGGUAGGGCCUCAACCUCAAAUUGGGUAGCAAUGGGGAUUAGACAGUGAGCAGAGAGCUCACAAGUGCCCACUGCUCCUAGCUCCCAAAAGAGGUUUAUGAAUUAAACAUUUUUCUUCCUAUCAGCCCCUUUUAGUGUCAGCCUAGGCAAAGAGAAGUAUGUACAUUAUUUAAAUAGUAGAGUUAAUUUAAGUGGAAAACUACUUGCUCAAAAUUCUUUCCCCUAAAUUUCACCACUGAGAGAUGAAUUGGGGUUAAUAAAUUCUCCCUCUAAAAAUACAAAAACUGGAAAAGUUAGGG